AUGUCCAAUAAAAAACAUACAGACAAGAAUGAUCUAGUUCAAAAUUAUCAUUCUAGAAGAUCCAGAACAAAUUCAUCUGUUAAUUCCGAAAAUGUUCAAUUUAAUGUUAAGCCGCUCAAACAGCAGAAUGGACAGUCACAUCCAAGUGGUUCUAGUAAAAAUGAAGAACAAAAUAAAAAUAAACCAAAUUUGGAUAAUAGGCAAGAAUAUUGGAGAAAAACCCUAAAUUUUGAAAUUAGAAAAUUACAGUGGACAUCAAAAUUUAAUCUAGAAAAACGACAAGAACAAUGGAACUUUGAGCAAAAACAAGAUUUGUAUAAUAAUGCUAAUGAAAAAAAAUAUAAGUAUACUUUUGGAUUUAAACGCCUUAAAGAAUUAUGUGAUAAGGAAGUGCCUGAAAUUAUAUUUGUGAUGUCCAACAAAACUAAUGGAUUCGUCGACUUAUUUAAACAAAAUAAAGAACCAGAUUGGAUAUUUUUGCUUAUGAAAGUUUCAGCUAAGGUUUGUUUUUCAGAAUUAAUGCAAAGUAAAUUUUUUUUACUUACAGAAUUAACAUGUAAUCAAUUUUUUAGUCAUAUAAAAACCUAUAUAUUGAGUACACCUACGGAAAAAAAUCAAAAUCGAUGCAACCAUAUGAAUACAUUUUUUGAAGAUUGUUUAGUAGUUUUUCAAUCUAUAACUUUAUUGUUUCCGAAAACAGCGGAAGAAAAAUUAAAGGAAAUAAUAGUUAGUAGUAAUAUUGCUUUAACUGGUAUUAAAACUUAUUGUAAUCAUAUCAAAAUAAAUGAAACUACAAUCGCUGGAAUGAAUGAGCUUCUACAAAAACUGAAUGAAAUCAAAGUAACAGAUGAAUUAAAAUUAAAAGAAAAAUUUAUGAUUAAUAAUAUAGCUCAAAUCAUUCCUCCUCCUGAAAAUUUUAGGGAACUCACAGUAUAUCCAAAUGCGAAUGAUCUUGAAUAUGGUGAACCAUUUUUACGACCUAAUAUCUUAAAAGGAGCAUAUCAAAAUGUAGAACAUUAUUUAGACGUUCAAUUUCGUCUUUUACGUGAAGAUUUUAUUGCUCCAUUACGAGAAGGAAUGCAGUUUUAUAAGGAAUCAAUAAAUGAUCAACGCCAACCUCAACGUAGAAAAAAAAUAAAUAAUAUUCGUAUUUAUUGUGAUGUUAAAUUUCAAAAAAAAGGUGAAUUUGUUUGUGAUAAAUAUGGUUAUUUAAUAAAUUUUGAUAUAAAAAAAAAAUUAAAAAUUAACUGGGAAAUGACUAAACGUUUCAUGUAUGGUUCUUUAUUGCUAUUUUCUGUUGAUAAUUUUAAGACAUUUUUUUUGGGUAUUGUUUUAAAUCGAAAGAUUGAACUUUUGAAACAAGGGAAGUUGGUUGUUGAGUUAUUAGAAGAUGCAAAACCAUUAUUUAAUAUAUCUCUUACCAUGAUAGAGAGUGAGGUAUAUUUUGAACCAUAUAAAUGCUCAAUGGAAGCUCUUAAAAAUAUAAAUAGACAUAAUUUCCCAAUGGAAAAAUAUAUAAUAUCGUCUUGUAAAAUAAUAAAUUAUCCAUAUUACAUAGACACAUUACCUGAACCAAUCUAUUCAAUUGAUGAUUUAGAAAAAGUCCAUCUACUAAAUACAUUUGAAUGGCCCACUAAAGAACAGCUAAAACUUGAUGAUACGCAAUAUAGAGCAUUUAAAGCAGCACUAACUCAAGAAUUUACAGUUAUUCAAGGGCCACCUGGUACUGGAAAAACAUUCAUUGGAUUGAAAAUUAUGAAAACUAUUAUAAAUAAUUUAUAUUACAACCAAUGUCUCUCUAAACCAAUUUUAGUAGUGUGUUACACCAAUCAUGCAUUGGAUCAAUUCAUGGAAGGUAUUUUGAGUUUCACAAACAAAGUUAUAAGAAUUGGUGGCCAAUCUAAGUCCAAAAUAAUAGAAGAAUACAGUUUAAGGAAUAUAACUCGCAUGUACAAAAGAUCCAUAACUACUAAUAGAGGUUUAAGAAAUGUUCAAGAACAAGUCAAAACAAUUAUGAAUAGCAUAAACUAUUUCAAGACAGUUAGCGAAGUUGUAUCAUACAAUGCUGGAAUAUUAGAACUAUCGUUACUGAAAAAUGGUAUGCCUAAAAAAUAUCAUGGUUUUUUUAAAACUUCUUUAAAUCUUCUCUCUUGGUUAUUUCAUGAUUCUAAAUACUUUGAUGUCGACCCAAUUGGGUUUAUAACUAAAACUAACCAGGAUUUGAUCAAUAAAAUUUAUCAUUCCGAAAAAUUGUUGAAAAUUGAAAAAGAAAUAGAUGAAAGUGAUGAUGGAGAUGAACAAUAUGAAUCAAAUACUUCAGAUCUAACACAAAAUUAUAAAGAUGUUGUUAUUUAUAGUAUGACUUUAGAUAACAUAAAGUAUUCUUGUUUGGAACUUCUUGAGGAGAAUAUUCGAUUGGAGAAUCUAUCAAACUUGGAUAUAAAUUAUUACAAUGAAUUUGAAGAAGCCAAAUUUAAUUUUGAUAUGAUGGAAAAGUUGCACAAUUAUUUUGAAAAUAUGUUGAAUUUGGUUGAUGUUUAUACUGAACUACCAAAAUCAAUUAAAGAUUUAAAUUUAUUAAGUAUGAGUGAAAGAUGGUCUUUAUAUUAUUUUUGGGUACGGGAAACAAAAGAGAUGAUUAAUCCAAAAAUAAUGAAUUAUGAAGAAAAGUAUACUCAAAUAUUUAAGCAAUACUCUGAAUUAAGAGAAUUGGAAAAUAUAGAGCUAUUAAAUAAGAUGCAUGUAAUAGCAUUAACUACUACUGGUGCAGCUAAACAUAGAAUAAUGCUAGAAGGCCUAGAGUCACCAAUAGUUGUUGUUGAAGAAGCUGCUGAAGUUUUGGAGGCACAUAUAGUUUCUUCAUUAACAAGACAUUGUCAACAUCUAAUAUUGAUAGGUGACCAUAAACAAUUACGUCCUAGCAAUGCAGUUUACAAAUUGGCUAAAAAUUUUAAUUUCGAUAUUUCACUGUUUGAACGUAUGGUCAAUAAUGAAGUACCAUGUUAUACGUUGGGUGAACAACACAGAAUGCGCCCUGAAAUAGUAUCCCUUAUAACUCCAUCAAUCUACAAUGAAUUGAAAAGUCAUAUUUCUGUUAACAAUAGAGAAAACAUUCGUGGUGUAACUAAAAAUAUGUUUUUCCUAAACCAUAAUGUGUAUGAAAAAGAGGUUGAAGAAAUUUCAAGCAAAAGUAAUGAUCAUGAAGCUAAAUUUUUAAUUAUGUUUGCCAGACAUUUAAUUUUACAAGGGUAUACAACUGAUCAAGUGACAAUAUUAACAACUUACAGUGGUCAAUUAUUUUUAAUUCAUUCGUUACGAAAAAAACAUUCAAUAUUAGAGGGCAUGAAAAUAACGGUUGUCGAUAACUAUCAGGGCGAGGAAAACGAUAUUAUACUGCUAUCACUAGUUAGAAGUAAUGAACAGGGGAGUGUUGGAUUUUUGAAAACUGAAAACAGAAUAUGUGUUGCUUUGUCGAGAGCUAAAUAUGGACUUUACAUAAUGGGUAACAUGGACAAUUUAUACAAUUCUGGUAAUUUAUGGAAACAAAUAAAAGAAACAUUAGUAAAUCAGGAUUCAUAUGGCGAUGAAUUGACUUUGGCAUGUACAGUACAUUAUGGUAUUACGACAAAAGUUUCAAAGAGUGAAGAUUUCAAUAUAAUUAUGGAAGGUGGUUGUAACAUGUUGUGUAGAUCAUUAUUAUUAUGUGUCCAUUAUUGUGCAAGUGUAUGUCAUUCUUAUGAUCGUGACCAUUUGGAAAUUAAAUGCAGGGAGCCAUGUAACAAAUUCUGCGAUUAUAAUCAUCCUUGUACAAAAACAUGUUUUAUGGAUUGUGGACAGUGCACUAUACUUAUGGCCAAAGAUUUACCAUGUGGUCACCAAACAGAAUUACCAUGCUUUAUUGAUAUUGAUACUUAUCCGUGUGAAGAAAUGAUGGAAUCUAUCCUAGAAGAAUGUGGUCAUAAAGUUAUAAAAAAAUGUCAUGACAAAAAUCCAAAUUGUUCAGUUAAAUGUUAUAUUCGUUUAGAUUGUGGUCAUGCUUGUGAGCGAAAUUGCCACAAAAAUGAUGAUCCAGACCACGAGAAGUAUAAUUGCUUAAAACCUUGUGAAAAUAUUAACAAAAAAUGCUCCUUUAAUCACAAAUGUCAAAAGAUGUGUUAUGAAAAUUGUGCAUCAUGUACUGUUAAAGUUAAGAAAACUCUGCCUUGUGGACACAUAAAAAAUGAUGUUCCUUGUGGAUUAAAAUCUAAUGAGAUUAAAUGUAAUCUUCCAUGUAUUCGUCCUUUAAAAUGUGAUCAUAAAUGCCUAGCUAAAUGUUAUGAACCGUGUAAACCUUGUGAAAAAUUGGUAAAAAAAGUAAUACCAGAAUGUGGACACUCAGUAACAAUUAAUUGUGAAACAAUACCAGAACGUAAGCAUUGUACUAAGCAAUGUGAUACAAUUUUAAUUUGUGGACAUUUAUGUAAGAAUCCAUGUGCAAAAGAAUGUAUAUCUGAAGAAUGUGAGGAUAUUGUAUUACAAAAAAUAAGCAAACUAGCUUGUGAUCAUGAUAAAGUUUGGGUCUUAUGUUGUGACAAAGAUAAAGGAAGAGUACCUGAUGAUAAGUGGGACACUAAAGGAUUGAGUGAGAUGGUGUUGCAGCUUAGAAUGAAAUCUUUUAUAGGUUUUAUUUGUUACGUACCAGGGGGCCGAGUGUUAUUAGCUGAAGAGUGA